UAGAGUGUGCGUUUUUGUUAGCGUGCAAGACCUGGAAAAAGACAGCCACGUACAUUUUAGGAGCUAUUAGAUAAGAAUGCAUAAACCUAACAUCUAAAGAUGCAUGCCAAGUCUUAAAUUAGCUAUUAUAUAAGGAUGUACAUGCAUAAACAUGAUAUCUAAAGAAGCAUGCCAAGUCUUUAAAUAUGUGUGAUCUGUAGCCUUUCUUCUUUUUAAAAUUCCCAUGCAUAAGGACAUCAUCAAAGCCUUUAAAGUCCCGUGGUUACUACUAAGUUUCAGACACACUAAAUCAUGUCCGACUACAGUUGUCACGAUAAACCUAUUAAAUAAAUUAGUUCGUUGGUGUUGAAACGAUUUGUUUUUUGUUUUGACUUUUUACCUGAGCCCUUACCAGAAUAACCUGAAUGACCUAAAUAUUAAUACGGCUAAUUAGCCUCUUAUGUAACUUCACCGUGUAGCCUCGUCCAGUAGCUCCACAGCUGCAACAAGGAGGCUGAACGGAGGAGGAACAAACAUGGCGUCUGGCUAUGCGUGGUUUCUUGUGCUGGGGUCGGUGUUUCUGUGCAAUCUCAUGAAAACACUGCUGCCCAGCAUUUCUUCUUUCCUCUCAAAGAUGGUGCAGAAAGAUGCUGAGCAGGAGAGCGAGAUGAGGACUGAAAUCCAGGAGAUGAAGAAGGAGCAGGCCUCGAUCAGCAUGAUGGAUGAGUUUGCUAGAUAUGCCAGACUGGAGCGCAAAAUCAACAAGAUGACAGACAAGCUGAAAACACACGUGAAAUCAAGAACUGCGCAGCAAGCCAAAAUGAAAUGGGUUGUGAACAUUGUCUUUUACAUACUGCAGGCCGCUCUGAUGAUCUCCUUGAUAUGGAAGUAUUAUUCUGAUCCAGUGACAGUGGUCCCCAGUAAAUGGAUUGCCCCUGUUGAGCGCCUUGUGGCCUUCCCAACAGGAGUGGCAGGUGGAGUGGGAAUCACAUGCUGGCUGGUGGUUUGCAACAAAGUGGUUACACUGGGUCUCCAUGCUGUCAGCUAGAGAUAAAUACACUGGUUUUCUAACUUAUUACUCAACAUUCAGUUGAUGAAAGCCACAUUUUUGUGUCAUUAUUUGCCAGCUGCUUUAAGUCAACAUGUAAAAAUGCAGUGCAUUUUGGUGUUGGCUGUUUUGUAUUGCAAUUUGGUAUUUUUCUGAUGUUGAAUUUUGUUCUUUGUUUUGAUGUUUUUUUAUUAAGUUAAUUGUGAGGAUAUUUGACUGUAUUAUUUUAAAAAUAUAUAUGAUUUGGAAAUGCCUUUUUAAGAAAAUAAAGCAAACCAAAAAUAUAUAUGUAUUGUAUGUCUUUAAGUGUAAAUCCACAAGCAAAAACAUGUAGUUUUCCUUGAUUUAACAUUUCAACAGAUUAAAACAAA